AUGGGGGUUGGGGGGGGCACAGUCCCUCCUGUUGGGAGUGCGGCCACCACAUUAACUCACACGAUUGAUUAUUUACCUGGAAAAGCAGAAUGUAGUCCUACUCGGACAGGGAGCUGUACCCAUAAUGGAUUCUGGCAAGCAGCUGACAGGGACUCUGGUGCUGGCCGUGUUCACUGCGGUGCUGGGUUCACUGCAGUAUGGCUACAGCCUAGGGGUCAUCAACGCUCCUCAGAAGGUGAUCGAGAGGCACUAUGGCCGCUCCCUUGGCGUGGUGCCCGAUGAUGACUUGGCCAGUGCCCGCAUGGAGCGUGGCAACGCCACCGAGCCAGAGGAGGUGCACCCCUCCGUGGUUAUGUACUGGUCCUUAUCAGUGUCCAUUUUCUCUGUCGGUGGAAUUUUCUCCUCCUUUUUGGUUGGCUUUGUGGCCGACUUCCGAGGAAGGAUUAAAGGCAUGCUAGUUGUGAAUGUCCUGGCUAUUGCGGCUGGCCUUCUCAUGGGCCUGGCUAAAAUGGGUAAAGCCCACAUCAUGGUCCUCUCCGGCCGUGCCGUCAUGGGCUUCUACUGCGGUCUCUCAUCUGGACUGGUCCCCAUGUAUAUAGGAGAGAUUUCUCCUGUAGCAUACCGAGGCGCUUUAGGAACACUUCACCAGCUGGCCAUAGUAACAGGCAUUCUCCUCAGUCAGGUGUUUGGCCUGGACUUCCUGCUGGGUAAUGAUGACUACUGGCCCCUGCUGCUCGGCCUGUCCGGUGCCCCAGCCAUCCUGCAGACAUUACUGCUCCCUCUGUGUCCAGAGAGUCCACGCUUCCUCUACAUCAAACAGGGCCAGGAACAGGAGGCCUGCAAAUCACUGAAGAGGUUCAAGGGUGAGUACGACACCUCCAAAGACAUAGCGGAGAUGAAGGGAGAGAAGGACGAGCUGAUGAAGGAGAAGCGGAUGACCAUUCUGGGCCUGCUGCGCUCCACUGUGUACCGCCAACAGCUCUUUGUGGCCCUGAUGAUGCAUCUGUCCCAGCAGUUCUCUGGAAUCAACGCCAUCUUUUAUUAUUCCACAGCAAUCUUUUACAAGGCAGGAGUCACACAGCCUGUGUAUGCUACAAUUGGUGUUGGAGUCAUAAACCUAGUCUUCACUAUGGUCUCGGUGGUUAUGGUGGACAGGGCUGGUAGACGGACACUAACAUUGAUUGGAUUGGCAGGAAUGUGUUUGUGUGCCAUAACCAUGACAGUGGGCCUAGUUUACUUGCACACUUACUCUUGGAUGAGCAUCGUGAGCAUGGCGGCCAUAUUCCUUUUUGUCAGCUUCUUUGAGAUAGGGCCUGGACCUAUCCCAUGGUUCAUAGUGGCCGAGCUCUUCAGCCAGGGGCCCCGUCCAGCUGCCAUUGCACUGGCUGGCUGCUGCAACUGGACAAGCAAUUUCAUCGUUGGCAUGUUUUUCCCAUACGUAGAGGCUCUGCUUGGGAAUUACGUGUUCAUCCUGUUUGCUGGGUUUCUCUCCAUCUUCACACUCUUCACAUACUUCCGCGUCCCUGAGACCAAGGGCAAGACCAUUGAGGAGAUCGCUGCCGUGUUUCAGGGGAAGCGAAAGGGCUCACCUACAAGCGCCGGAGUAUCGACGGAACUGGAGCAGCUCAAGUCUUCUGCAGAGGCCUGAGGAUGGAGACAGUGAAUCUCUUGUCUUGCAUAUUGAGAAUGCAGGCUGUUACUGUCCUCUUUUUUUUGUUUUAACGUUUUAACAUAAUAAGUUUGGUGGAAUUUUUGGCUGCUACCAGUGGGAUAAAUAUCACAGUUGUUUUUAUUUUUUGUGUUGGUCAAAUGUACAAGCCUCUACAUAACAAUACUAUAAAGCAUUUCUACAGCGAGUGAGAUGAACGCAAACCCGAAUAAUGAUCUGGUGAGAGACUAUAAAGACCUCUAUA